AGAUUUCAAGCAUAAUCAUUUGUUUGAAAUGAGUCAAAAAGAAAAUGUAUUCAAUGUUUACAAGAACUAUGAUCUGGUCCCAUCUGUGCAAUAAAUGAUUAUAUGUAAAUUAAAGGCAUUUACAGAUGCAAGUGUCCAUUUUCUAACAAAUGUUGCUAUUAACAGAAAGUGUUUUCUUCAUUUGCAGUGCGUUCAGCUCUCUCGGCCACCGUAACCAUGUAAUCCCACCCCGGAGCGGCCGGAGGCGGUGUGGAGCAUCAGACAACACCGUGGUAGUCUCGCACUAAAACGGAAGCAAGAAGUCCCUCAAACGUGUAUCCAACAUGUCCGACCGCAGUGUUGUUACUUGCUGAGACGCUACGAGCCGAGAUCUUUUUAUUUCACUGCCCGCACAUUAAAGUUGUCCAGCGACGGUUGAAGGAGCGUUAAAGCCUCAAAAUGCCUGAGAGGAAGAAGAAGCUGACGAAGAAGAGGAGACACCCGUUCAAUAAAGACACGGAGGCGGACUCUGACUGUACAUCGUGCCCACUGACUUCAAACAGCGCUGCAAACGUUUUGCCUGCCAUGUUAGUGCCAGUGAUUUCCCUCGAAGGACACAUUUCCACGUGGUGGUUUGACCAAAUUAAAACUGUUGUUGUAAAAACUCUUGAAAGCGACACAUUUACCAAUAUGAAACAGGCAUUAUCGUUCCUUAUUAGCAUGAAUGCUACUAGCCCCCCUAUACCCCAACCCCCCCCCCAUAGAUCUAAAUUGAUGUAGAUAAAUAGAUGUACUUUAUUUUUGUAACACACAGUUUCAGAAGCAUCAUCGGGGAUUUUUCACUCAAACCGUUAAGUUUGAAUUUAAUGUUUAUCUAAAUUAAACUUGUACAUUUAAAAAAAAAAAAAGGCAUUUUCUGAAUUUUUUUGAACGUUAUCACUCAGGCUUUGUUCCUUUGAUGAAUGUCACUGAAGGUCACCAAAGCAGCAGCCAUAUACCUUUGAAGUCUGUCCCUACAUAAGCGUCAGUUUUCAGUCAGUUUUCAGUCAGUUCUCUUCGGAAUACUUGGCUCGUUGCACCUGAACUCUGUUCUUGCUCCUGCACUCUGUUCUUGCUCCUGAACUCUGUUCUUGCUCCUGAACUCUGUUCUUGCUCCUGAACUCGUUUCUUGCUCCUGAACUCUGUUCUUGCUCCUGCACUCUGUUCUUGCUCCUGAACUCGUUUCUUUGGAUUUGCCUUGAAGAGAACUACGAUUGAUUUGAAUCAACAUGAUCCCAACACACGUGGGCUUUCUCGGCGCUGCCUCCUACGAGGCCGUCAGCUGCGUCACUGCAAACUUUCAAGCCUUCGUGACGGAUCUGAGUCACGAGGACUUGGACGUUGAGGAGAACCUGCAGGAAAUGGUUGAGCUCAUUUUCAAGAGGGCCGUGAAGAAACCAGACUCUGCUGCAGUCUUCGCGGAGCUGUGUCAACACCUCUCAGAAGUGGAGUUCCAGUCCUUGUCUGACUGGUCAGUCAGCGUCUCCUUCAGGUCUCUGCUGGUUAAACACUGCCAGGCAGAGUUCAUGAAGAACUUGGACAAGGAGGGCAUUCAUCAAGAGAGUUGGUCCUGCCUGAAGCCAGUCCAGGACGUGAGGGUCACCGACCGGCUGAGGGAAGAGCAACAGAACACCAAACCUUCCGGUCGGUUCCUUAACAUGCUGAGGUUUAUUGGGGAGCUGUUCCUCUCCAAGGUGCUGGCAGAGAAAUCCAUGCACUGCUGCAUCAGGAGGCUGUUGCAGAAAGGAGACGGGCCGUCUCUUGAGGGCCUCUGUCAGCUCCUCCAGAUGAUCCAGCAGGACCUGGAGGUGGUGACGGAAAAGGAGGUGAUGGACACCUACUAUAACCAGCUGGACCAUAUGGCAGAGAAAGGGAAGAGGGCACCAAGGCUCUCCCUUUUGUUGAGGGAAACAGUGGAUGCCAGGAAGAUGGCAUACUCCACCCCCCACUAAGUUUUUAAUGAAAACUCAUGUGGGAAAUACAACUUAUACACUUAUACAACUUAUACAGUGAUGUUUGUAAAUGGACACUAACCCCCCACUGCAACCUCUGCUCCUACUCUGUAUAAUUUGCA